ACGACGGUUGGAGCGAUUUUCAACGUGAAGUGCUUUCAAUGUGCAUUUCCGUCGAAUAAUCAGCAAUUCCACAAGUUAUUAACUGAUAAAGAAAUUAUUCGUGAUAAAAUUUAAACUAUUUGGCCGCCCCAAUAACGGUUUUAUUCUUCACAUGCCGUGAAAUGGCUUGCAUCAACAUUGAUGAAGAAAAGCUUAUCAAUAAUUCUGCCUCCUCACCAGAGACGAAUCCAGAUUUUCUAGUCAUACGUGUAAUUGGCCGGAUAGUUAUUAGUGUUAUCAAACAAUGCUGGGCAUUAAGUAGUGCUAUGUUUAUUACUAUCUGUAUUUUCUAUUGGAUAUUUGGAGGUAUUUCUGCAUUUAUACUUCUUUGCUUCUCUGCUGCAGGCAUAGUUUAUAGAGCUGGAGAUCAGUUGUUGUACUACCCAGAAAUCCCUCAAAAUUCUAGAAUAUUUGUCCCUGCUCCAAACACCUUGGAUCUACCAUUUGAAAAUGUUUUUAUCAAAAGUUUGGAUUCAACCAAACUCCAUGCAUACUUCAUCCCACAACCGCAAACGCAACAGUGCGCCACGAUUGUUUUCUUUCAUGGAAACGCUGGAAACAUCGGUCACAGGCUGCCAAAUGUUAAAGGGCUCUUCAAACAUCUUCAAGCUAAUUUAUUCCUGGUAGAGUACAGAGGCUAUGGCAUGUCUGAAGGGUCACCAUCAGAAUCUGGCCUGUAUAGAGAUGCUCAAGCUGCUUUGAAUUAUCUUACCAACAGAGAGGACAUCGAUCAAAGAAAAAUUAUUGUUUUCGGAAGAUCAUUAGGUGGAGCAGUAGCUAUCGAUCUAGCAUCCCGAACGUGUAAUUCGGAGAAAAUAGCUUGUGUUGUGAUAGAAAAUUCGUUUACUUCCAUUCCUGACAUGGCUAUUCAAAUCCUGCCAUGGAAAGGAUUGAGAUAUCUACCUCUUUGGUUCCAUAAAAACAAGUUUCAAAGUAAGAAAAAAGUGACAUCUAUUCAAUGUCCAAUGGUUUUCAUAUCGGGUCUGUCUGAUCAGUUGGUCCCGCCCUCUAUGAUGGUGGACCUAUAUACGCACUGCGGUAGCGAACGAAAACUACUGCUACAAAUUCCAAAUGGAGAUCAUAACGGUACCUGGACCAAACCUUUUUAUUACAAGCAACUAGAAAAGGCUAUUCAAGAUGUUUGCAGCGAUCGGCUUUUAAAUCAGCAGCAUUUGCAACUUUUACCCGUAAAUACUGUGUAAAAAGCCUGAUAAAAUCAAGUACUGCAGAAACUCCCCACCAUCCUGUUCUAGCUAAAAUUGUCUAAAAUGUUUCUUUAAAAAGAACGCAAAUGUUUUUGUUUCUUGCGCCACCGGUUUUCCUAAUACAAAUUCUGACUAUA